AUGGCCCCUCAUGUCCUUCUCACCGGGGGCAACGGCUUCAUCGGAUCUCACAUCCUAGCCCAGCUUCUUGACUACGGCUGCACGGUCUGCUGUGCGGUCAGAACCCAAGAAAAAGGCGACAAGAUUUUGAGGGACUUUGUCGCGCAGCAAUCUCAGAUAUCCAUCCGGAUUGUCCCCGAUAUCGUCGCUCCUGGAGCAUACCACGCGGCAGUUCAGGGCACUCCCGCCUUUGACACCGUCUAUCAUACGGCAUCCCCUUUCACAUAUAACAAUAUGGGGAGCAAUGUUGAGUUCCUCGAGCCGGCGACCAAAGGCACGUUGAACUUGCUUCAGGCCGUAAAAGACAAUGCCCCGAGCGUGAAACGGGUCAUUUGGACUGGUAGCUGCGCCAGCGUGAUUGACUACGACAACCUGGUCUCGGACCCACCAAGGGUUUAUACAGAAGCUGACUGGAACCCGAUCACAUGGGAAGAGGCUGUUCAUGGCGACUCGUCGAAAGCAUACAGGGCGAGCAAGCUUUUCGCCGAACGAGAAGCAUGGAAGUUUAUGAAAGAAGAACAGCCGUCGUUUGACCUGGUCACGUUAUCUCCGCCGGCAACAUUCGGGCCUUUGCGGCACUCCAUCACAAGCAUCCGCGACCUGAACGAAUCCGACUCUCGGUUGUGGAGAUUCUGCUUCAACUCGACCAAGGAUGCCCCUGUGCCGUACAUGCCGGUGCACACUUAUGUCGAUGUCCGGGAUCUUGCAGCUGCUCAACUCAAAGCUAUGACGGUCCCAGAGGCUGGCAACCAACGGUUUAUAGUAUGUGCCAGGCAAUUUGACUUCCAGGAUGUUUGCGACAUUCUCCGAUCCCACUUCGCCGAGCUAAGUGAACGUACACCGCUUGGGAAACCUGGGACACGCUCCUUACCGAACGGGGCGUAUUCAAUCGACAGUUCUAAAGUGAAGCAAUUCCUAGGCGUGGAGUUCCGGGGUCUGGAAGAGACCGUUUUGGAUGUCGCACAUUAUAUGUUAGAUCUUGAACGGAAGGAGAAGCGAGCCCAUACUAUCUAG